AUGUCUCAAUCGGCGUCACCCUAUGUCGCACAGUCACCUUACCAUUCAACUCCGACCAUGAUGCACGCGGCGCUUAACCCCGAUACACCACCCCCACCACCACCCAAGCCUAGCAGCCACGAAGCAAGCCGAGGGGGCACCCCCCAGCAAUCCACUCCCUCUGGCUACCGACCAGACACCCACAUGAACAGCGCACAUCAGUCGCCAUAUCCUCAGGCUGUACCUCUGCCUUCGCCGCCCACAUUUGAGGAAGGGUGGCUUCCAGAGGCACUGAAGGACAAAUCAACCGUCGAUCUUCAAACCAUCCUUAAGGACCCAAGCCUGAUCUCCGCACUAUCCAGCCACCACCCCUCCCACACGGCUCGACAACAAAACCUCGAAUCGCUUCUUCACGUAAACAAGGAGCUCGCAGCGCGUGUUCUCGAAAUGCAGAAUCACGUCACAGAGCUUCGAGCCUCUACAGAAACAAUGCUACUCCAACACCAAUCAUUGGAGGUCUCAUGGCGCAAAAAGCAAACAGAAAUGGAUACCGCAUUGGCUCCGUGGUCACCGAAAGCAUUGUACCAGCGACUAAGUGCAGCGAUUGCGGAGCAAGAGGCAGUCUGCCAGGCUGUGGAGGAGAGCUUCUUGGAAGAGGAGCAUCAUGGAAGAGCUACAGAGAAGGAGAUCACAGACUGGGUGCGUCGCGUAAGAGCGGAGGCUUCAAAAUUAGCGUCCAGGAAAGAGGCAAAAGCUCGCUGGGACGAAGGCCGAGUUGGAGGCUGGCGCUAA